AUGUUGCGCAAUCCGUUUGCAUCGACCGAUGAGCCCUGGGACCCCUCCCAUCGCUUCGUGACCUCGUGGCUGCUCCCGCCGGCCGUUCUCGCCGUCCUGCGCGGCCUCUUCAGCCUCUACAUUUUCGUCACCCUUCUCUUCGUCAUCGCCUGGGAGUGUCGCCAUGUCGGCCUCGGCGGUUGCGCGGCAGCCGGCGACGAGUUCUCGUACUUUACCGUGCUCACCUACUGGGGCCUGGCGUUUUACUUUGCCGUCGCCGCCGUCCACACAGCGACCUAUGCGCGCACCGGCUCGGCGCUGCUCGACCGGUUUCCUCGUGUGCUGCAACAGGCCCAUGGCCUGCUCUACUCGACCAUUGCCGUAUUCCCGUUUAUCGUGACCGCCGUCUACUGGGGCAAGCUGUACGCGGGCGCCUGGUUCCCGCUGCCGUUUGACGCCUGGCGCAAUGUGUCGCAGCACGCCAUGAACUCGGGGUUUGCGCUCUUUGAAGUGGUGUUUGCACGCACGGCGCCGCAGCCAUGGCUCCACGUGGUCGGCCUGAUCGCUCUGCUGGCGCUGUACCUGGCGCUGGCCUACAUUACGCGGGCCACCAAAGGCUUCUAUGUAUACAGCUUCCUGGACCCGGCGCAGAAGGGUGGUUCGGGUCUCAUCGCAGCGUAUGUGUUUGGCAUCGCUAUUGGGUGCCUUGUGGUGUUUGCCGUGGUCCAGGGUGCUCUGUGGGUGCGGCGGUGGGCGACGGAGACGAAGCUGGGCAUGCCGGGCAAGUUUGCCCGUAACGACCGGCAGGCCGUUGACAUGGAGAUGGCGCGGCCGAACAAGGCCUAA